UAAAACAGGAUCGAGUCCACAUGGCGCAGUGGUUGCGCAGAUCUCCGGGUGCUUGGCACAGCUGUGGGCGCUCACAUCUGGACCAGACUCAAGAUGCGCUCCUAGGGGCUGGAAGGAGGAGCUUUGGGGUUUUUCCCACUUGUUCCGCGGCGCUCUCUGGUGAAGACGCGUUCUCCAAAGUGGAAAUAGCAGCAAAGGUGUUAGCAGCAUCUCCCAGAAAAAAUGAGCCCUCCAGACAUGUCCAACAGCACAGGAGAAAAGGAAACAGGGGAAACCGACCCCUCCAUUCUACUCAAUGACAGCUUGGGUUCGUACCCUCCCGGUUUCCAUUCUGACAUCACCAAGCACCUUGGAGUUCAAGUCGUCCUCAUAUCAGCGUAUUCCCUGAUCAUCCUGCUGGGGCUGCUGGGUAAUUCCCUUGUGAUCUACAUGAUAGUUCGCUACAAAAACAUGAGGACUGUCACCAACUUCUUCAUAGCUAACCUGGCCCUGGCAGACCUUCUGGUGAACACUCUCUGCCUGCCCUUUACCCUGGUUUACACCCUGCUGGAUGAGUGGAAGUUCGGGGCGGUGCUGUGCCACAUGGUGCCCUUUGCCCAGGCCCUGAGCGUUCACGUGUCCAUCCUUACCCUUACUGUCAUAGCUCUGGAACGCUACCGUUGUAUAGUCUUCCACCUAGGGCGACGACUGACAUGGUGCUCCAGUCUCCUCAUCAUGGCGAUCACAUGGACAAUGUCUGCUGUCCUGGCAGCCCCUCUGGCCAUCUUCAGAGAGUACCGCAAUGAAGAGAUCCCUUCGAUUAAUCUGCGCAUGGCUGUGUGCUCUGAGAAGUGGCCCCACGGGUCCAACCGAGACGGGCUGAUCUACAGCCUGUCGAUGCUUCUGCUACAGUACAUCAUUCCUUUGGCCAUCAUCAGUUAUGCUUACAUAUGCAUCUGGGUCAAACUCAAGAACCACGUCAGCCCAUCGAGCCGUAACGAAAGCAUCAACCGACGCAAGAAGACCACAAAGAUGUUGGCGCUGGUGGUGGUGGUGUUCGCCUUUUGCUGGCUCCCGUUUCAUGUGUUCCAGCUGGCCAGUGAUCUGGACCUGGUGCUCAGGUUUAAGGAGUAUAAACUCAUUUACACGCUGUUCCACAUCGUGGCUAUGUGCUCAACCUUUGCCAAUCCUCUGCUGUACGGAUGGAUGAACAAAAACUACAGAAAUGGCUUCCUGAUGGUCUUCCGCUGUGAGGACAAGCCAGACUCUUUCCACCCCGAGGGUUCGUUCAGGACACGUUCCAUCAGAGGAAUGACACUGAAUGGACGUAACGGAGGGCAUCCUCCCACGGCUGUGUGAGAGCUUAGAAAGCCUGAGGACCACGACCACGUUAAACGCCCCUGCUUUAAAGAGUACGUGGUUCUGAAGAAGCCUUUGGACUUGAAUGGACUGACCUUUAGUUCGUGUGUGACUGAAGGCUGAAGAAAGCCUGAAGCUUUGCAUGCUAGUCGUGUAUGUAAGGCUCUUUUUGUUUGUAAACGGUACUAAUAAUGUACCAACCUGUGUGAAUUAAAAUGUUUACUGAAGUGUUA